UUAAUUUAGUAAAACAAAAUAUUUAUAUUUAUAUUUCUUGUAACAGAGCUACAUACAUGUUCGAUAAUAAAACAGAUAUUAUCUGUUCGUUACAUCACGACCGGCGAGAGAUUCUCAAAAUAAUCCUCGACAUAUAAGAUUGUAAAAACAUCUCUACUGUCCUCGAACAUGGCUUUAAAACACGUAGUAGUGGGCGGUGGUACUGGCUUCAUAGGAUCGCAGCUGAUAAAGUCGCUGAACCUCGAGGGUGUGUCUUGCACGUGUAUCUCUCGAAUGCCAGGACCGAAUAGAAUAUCAUGGAAUGAUUUAGAACGCUGUGGCCUACCAGAGGACACAUCAGCUGUCAUCAACGUUGCCGGUCAAAAUAUACUUGAUCCUACGCAAAGAUGGUCAUCAGGCUUCAAGCAGAAUGUCAGGAAUAGCAGGGUGAAGACGACGAAGGCACUAGCAGAUGCUGUAAAGAGUACCAAGGCUACAGUUUUCGCAACUAUAUCAGGAGUCGCUCAUUACAAGCCCAAUGACACUGUGUAUACAGAAGAGAGCAAAUGCGAACCUUAUGAUUUCCUCUCAAGACUUACUCACGAUUGGGAGGAAGCGGCAAAAUUACCAAAAGAUUGUAAUAUUAGACAAGUGACAGUAAGGUCUGGAGUUGUGUUAGGAAGAAGCGGUGGUAUGAUCAAGCAAAUUUAUUUACCAUUCUUUCUUGGCUUGGGUGGACCGAUAGGAACUGGGAAUCAGUACAUGCCCUGGAUACAUAUCACGGAUUUAGUUAAUAUGUUUAUAUUUGCACUCAAAGAUAACAAUGUGCAUGGUAUAUUAAAUGGAGUGGCGCCUCAGCUUAUAACAAAUAAGGAGUUUACAAAAGCAUUUGCAAUAGCAAUGAAAAGACCUGCAGUAAUACCUCUUCCAAGUUUUGUUCUGCAGAUAUUAUUCAGCAAAGAACGAGCGAAAAUUAUGUUGGAAGGACAAAAAGUUAUACCAAAGCGUGUUAAAGAGAUAGGAUUUCAAUAUGAAUAUCCAGAUAUCGAAAGUGCUUGUAAGCAACUUGUUUAAUUAACUAUAUAAGAGAUUCUAUAUCAAUUAUGAUGAAAAAUGAUAUGCUAAAUACGCAUUAUCUAAUUAAUUAUUUUAAAGUUGUUAUAGAAUGUAUAAUAUAUACUAUUCAGAUUGUUAGUAACUCGAGAUGAGCAUCAAAUUUUAGAAUAUUCUCUUUGAUAGUUUACGAGUUAUUGUUAUUUAGUAAAAUAAAUUAUUUAUUGCAGCAUAAAGAAUAAAUCUCGUUUUGUUAUACAAA